CUUCGAUCGUCGAAAGAACGCGUAGUUUCGGGUGUCGGCGACAGAAAACGUGAACAAUUCGCGAGAUACAGCAACGUAGCAAUAAAGCAAGUGACAAGGAAAACAGGGGAGCAGGAAAAUGGCAUUGACGAUAGCGUUACCGCUCUCUGGUUUGGAGCCCGAACAAUUUUCCGCGUUGUGGGCGAGACUUCUCUCCGAGCAAGGUUUGAGAUCUUUGACGGGUUACGCGCCGAUUUCGCCAAGUACGGGCAGUGAAUCUAGCGGAAUUAGCAGCCUUGUGCCUUCCAUAGAAUUCUUGACACCGGAAAUAACGCCAGCAUCUUCCAGACCGAGCACACCCACCGAGGAUACGUCCAAGAAACAAGAGAAGCUAAACCUACAGGUCCGUGUUUAUCACAACGAACGCGACAUAUUGAACUUGGGAGCAAACAUCAGAGAACCGUUGUGGCAAAUGAGAGUACCGAGGAUGCCGCGAUACGAUGUCAAGAACUUCAUGGAGAAUCAAUCAGUCUACUAUCGCCUGAGCGAGUUCGGAUUAACCAUGGAAUACCCCACGGCGCAUUGCAAAGACUGUGGCUUCACUGAACCGUCGACGUACCAGUUUUAACGUCAUCGACGAGAAUACCAGACAAGCGGCAGCCGGCUCGAAACGAAUCCGAUGUGACGAAACGAAAAAGGCGAUUUGCGACAAAGGCGUGCAUCUCGGCCAGACGUAACGAGUUAUCGCGCGUUUGGUCGGGGAGCGCGCGAAAAUUUGAAUUCGUACUAACAGAAAGUGGCCAACAAUGAAAGAAACAAGGCAUAAAGGUGUUUUUUAAAAACAGGCUACGCCGAAACAUACGAAUUUCUCGCGUAAAGGGAAAAUCGAAAAGUC